AUGGCCUGCUUUAUUGCUGAGCAUAAUCUGUCUUUUAACAUAGCACCUCAUUUGAAUAAAUUGAUUUGCGCUGUAUGUCCAGAUUCGAAAAUUGCUGAACAAUUAUCUAUAAGCCGCACAAAAGCUAGAGCUAUUAUUGUUAAUGUAACUGGGCAGACAGCUGAAGAAAAUAUGAUAGAGAUGUUACAGAACAAUUGGCUUGUCGCUAGAAUAGUAAAAUUAGAUUUCAGCCUUGAAGAUAGAUUUCUGACUUUAAUACCAAUCGUAGAUGGUACAGCAACAGCGUUGUAUGGCAAAAUAGUAGAAUAUUUUGUUGAAAAAAAUAUUCCUUACAAAUCAAACAUGAUAGGCUUUGCUUCUGAUGGCGUUAACGUUAUGUUUGGAGAUAAAUAUUCAUUAAUCACUUUGUUUAAAAAUGACAUACCUCACCUUUUUACUAUGAAGUGCAUUUGUCAUUCUUUUAACCUAUGCGCAUCAUACGCAUGUGAGAAAUUGCCAAGGGGCUUUGUUAGGGGCAAAUCGCACGUUCCGGCAACAUCGCAUACAACCGACACCGCAGCAUCCCAGCUGAUAUGA